AUUUUUUAAAUAAUGGAUAAAUCAAAAGUUUCACCACAAGAAAUUUAUGAAGUACUUGAGGAACAGAAGAAGUUACAGGAAGUUAAAACUAAACUAUUGGGAAUUCUUAAUAAAGUCAAUCAAACCAUAAAUUCUUUAACGGUAGAGAAUCUUCAAUUAGCCCAAUGCAUUGAUCUUAGUGACAACGAGGAACAGGAAGUGAUUCCACCGAAUCCAGUUGUAAGUCCUCCCGAUCCAUCAUUUAGCUAUAAUCAAUUGGAGCAGUCGGAGUUGAUAAAUCAACAGAUGAUAGAAAUAGAUGUGAAGCCAUGCUUUGAGGAAAUAGACUCUGAUGAAGAACUUGAGCAUCUUUAAUUGAUUUUAAAAUAUAUAUUUUUUUUUAUGUAAUAAGGAUCUCUUUAUUUUUAAAUUCAAUCACAAUUGAAUCAAAAAUUAUAAAGCUUAUAACAUUAGCCAUUUACAUAAAGUUUCGUGUCUCC